UUGUAAUUAAGACGUGAUUUAUAGACAAUUUCAAUACGUUCAUUUUUACCCUUGAAGUUGACGAUGAAAAUUAUUAAAUCGACUGAACAGCAUUACCUUGUGAAUGUGAUGAUAGCUGACUGACGCCGUGAAUCAAAUUAUUCGGACUCCUGAGAUUUCUUCUCUCCUUUUCGACGCUUCUGCGGAGGGGCGAACGAACCGUAACCACCAAGCAAACGAAUUUAGGGUUUCAGCCUUCAGGUUUAUAGUGUAUUAAUCAACUGGAUCACAGUACUUGAGGGUAUUGAUACAUUGGAAGCCAAACCUGAGCUAUGAGUCAGAAAGGCUUAAUAUAUAGUUUUGUUGCAAAAGGGAAUGUUGUAUUAGCAGAACACACUUCAUUUACUGGGAACUUCAGUACCAUUGCAAUUCAGUGCUUACAGAAGCUACCCUCAAAUAGCAGCAAGUAUGCCUAUUCGUGUGAUGGUUACAUAUUCAACUUCCUCAUUGACAGUGGAUUCGUUUUUCUUGUUGUUGCUGAUGAAGCUGCUGGAAGAAGUUUACCUUUUGUGUUUCUUGACCGAGUGAACGAUGAUUUUAAACAGCGCUAUGGGGCAAGCAUUAGCAAUGCGGGGCCACAUCCGCUUGCUGACGAUGACGAUGAUGAUUUGUUUGAGGAGGAUAGAUUUAGUGUUGCAUACAGUCUUGAUAGGGAAUUUGGUCCCAGGCUCAAGGAACACAUGCAGUAUUGCAUGAACCAUCCAGAAGAGAUCAGUAAGCUAUCCAAACUGAAGGCUCAAAUAACAGAGGUCAAAGGAAUCAUGAUGGACAAUAUUGAGAGGGUUUUGGAUCGUGGAGAGAAGAUUGAACUUCUAGUGGAUAAAACUGAAAACCUUCAGUUCCAGGCUGAUAGUUUCCAGAGGCAUGGCAGGCAACUAAGGCGGAGGAUGUGGCUUCAGAAUAUCAGACUUAAGUUGAUGGUUGGAGGUACGAUCCUGGCCGUCAUCAUCCUACUUUGGCUUUUGAGUUGCAGAGGAUUCAAAUGUUGAUGGGAAGCACGAAAUAAUUACUGGAACCUCUCUAUUGUGUACAAAUAAAAAGGGGAAAAAAAUACGUAUCUUUGUACAAUGGAACUGGUGCUGAUUUGUAUAAACUCAAACUACUUUCCUAUCCUUCCAGCUAGCUUGAUCGUUGUCCGUUGAUGUAGGUCUCGGUAAUGCUUUAAUGCGAAAAAAAGGAUCUUGAUAAUUUGAUUAAUUUGGAAUUUCUGUGUAAAAUAUCAGAUUGGUUGAGCUUCA